AUGACACUUGCGACCUUUAAGGUUCCCUUAAAUCUUAGGUAUAGGAGGUUUUCAUCAACGACUAUACCAUUUGCGCAAUGGAUGAAGCGAAAGCCCAUACUAAUCAAUGCGGGGCAACCGUUGCAUGAGAAUAGACCUAACCUAUUAAAACCCGGUGAACUAACACCUGGUAUUACUGCGAUCAGUUAUUUUCAAAGGAGGAAUAACCUUCUAGAGAAAUUGCCACCUAAAAGUUGUGCCAUUGUUGUUGGUUCACAGGUAAAAUAUGCCUCUAAUGUGGUAUUCUACCCUUUUCAACAAAAUUCUGACCUAUACUACUUAACAGGUUGGAAUGAACCUGAUUCUGUGAUGAUUUUAGAAAAGCCAACUAAUGAUCUUAAAGACUCAAUUUUUCAUAUGAUUGUCCCACCUAAUGAUCGUGUCAUUGAACAAUGGGAAGGCAGUCGUAGCGGUACCAUAGGAGCUCGUGAAAUAUUCAAUGCGGAUGAGGCAACGGAGGUAUAUAACUCUCCGGCAUAUGUUUCAAAGAUCUUAAACAGGUGCGAGUACGUUUAUUUCGAUUCAGAAUCGAAGAAGAAUAAUAGCGAAUCUGGGUUGUUUAGUCGUUUUUUCAACCCAGGGCAGACACAAGCUAGUGUUGAUAUUUACGAAAUGCUGAGAAGAUCUAAUAGAAACAUUACGGUACGAAAUCUAAAACAUUUAAUUGCUGAGCUGCGCUCUAUAAAAUCAGAAGCGGAGCUGAAAAUUAUGAGAAAGGCGGGCCAAAUUUCCGGAAGAGCUUACAACCAAGCCUACGCUCAGCGUUUCAGAAAUGAAAGAACUUUGGAAUCUUAUCUUCAAUAUAAAAUAGUUUCUGGUGGCUGUGAUAAAAUGGCAUAUAUUCCUGUUGUUGGUGCUGGGGCUAAUGCACUUUGUAUUCACUAUACGCAAAAUAAUGACGUAAUGUAUGAUGACGAGAUGGUACUUGUUGAUGCAGCUGGUUCUCUUGGAGGCUAUUGCGCUGACAUUUCCAGAACAUGGCCAGUUUCUGGUAAAUUCACCUCAGCACAGAGAGAUUUGUACGAAGCUGUUUUAGCUGUUCAAAGAAGAUGUAUUUCCUUAUGUACUUCCGAACAAGGCUAUUCUUUACACGAUAUUCACGAAAAGAGUGUUGAAUUUAUGAAAGAAGAACUAGCAAACGUUGGCUUACCAAGUCUAACAAAAGGUGAUGUUACUAAGCUAUAUCCGCAUUAUAUUGGCCACAACUUGGGUUUAGACGUGCACGACGUUAGUGAGGUUAAUAGAUUCCAGCCCCUAAAAGAAGGCCAAGUUAUUACAAUAGAGCCUGGGUUGUACGUUCCAGAUGAGACAUCAUUUCCAAGUUACUUUAGAAAUAUCGGUGUUAGAAUAGAGGACAAUAUCGCAAUAGGGAAGAAAAAUUAUAGAAACCUGACCGUAGAAGCUGCGAAGGAAGUUGUUGAUAUUGAAAAUAUCGCUCAAAACGGGAUCAAUUCGCAUAUUGAGGAGGACGUUGUCGCUCCGUUGGAAUAG